AGACGCCGGUUUAAGCCCAGUCCUAUCCCCGCCAGGCUCGGCUGCAGGGCUCCUCCCGCCUCCCUGGCAGCGCUGGGAGCCCCCAGCCCCCCCCAAACCCCGAGAGUCCGGGGAUGGAGGGGGAGUUCCCUCUGCUCUAACCCUCUUCCGCCCCGCUCUUCCUCCCCGCUCAGGUCGGUGACUAGAAGCUACUACCGGGGCGCUGCCGGCGCGCUCCUCGUGUACGACAUCACCAGCCGGGAGACCUACAACGCUCUGACCAACUGGCUGACGGACGCCCGCACCCUCGCCAGCCCCAACAUCGUCAUCAUCCUCUGCGGGAACAAGAAAGACUUAGACGCCGACCGGGAGGUGACGUUCCUGGAGGCUUCGCGCUUCGCCCAAGAGAACGAGCUCAUGUUCCUGGAGACCAGCGCCCUGACGGGGGAGAACGUGGAGGAAGCCUUCUUGAAAUGCGCGAGGACCAUACUGAACAAAAUCGAGUCGGGCGAACUUGACCCGGAGAGGAUGGGCUCAGGGAUCCAGUACGGCGACGCCUCGCUCCGCCAGCUGCGGCAGCCCCGGGGGGCCCAGGCGCAGAGCCGCCAGCAGUGCAGUUGCUGAGUUCCUGCGCCCAAGGACCACGUGCCUCGCUCGCCAAGCCCCCCCCCCCGCCACCCCUUCCCCUCUUCCCCAGGAGCUCCCCCCCACCCCUUCAUCCGCCCCCUCCCCAUCCGAGAAGCCCCGGGGGACUCUCAAGUUUACCUCUGUGGCAAACGCCUUGUUUUGAUUGUAUUUGACCGAGGUGGCUUCUGUCAAACACUCCUCGCCCGCUGCUCGUGUCCUCCCCCACCCCCCCGACGGCCGCCGUGGCUUCUUGUGUGUCUCCCCCCUCCCCACCCCGCGCAGGUUGGGUUUCUUUCAAAGAAAAAAAAACAAAAACCAAGAAAUAACCCCAAAAACCCUCCUCUGAGAUGCUACUGGCAGCAUUUCAGGGGUGGGGGGGUUGGGGGUGCCUGAAUGAAGGGGGGAGGGGGGGUCCUUGCCUCGCCCUGGGGGAGGGGAUGGUCCCCCCGCAGCGUGGCAUGAGAAGUGGGGGGCCCUCGUCCCCAAGCGCUGCGGGGCUGGGGAGAUUUUGGGGGGGGGGGGUGUCCCAGCCCAGCCCCCCCUGGGUUUUGCCUUUAUUUUUUUCCAUGUGUGGUCUCCGUUUUGCAUUUCUGACCCCCACCCCUUGAGAGAAAAGGUGGGGGUUUUUAGGGUGGGGGUGGGGAAAUGAUGUCAUCAGACCCUCCGCCGUCAUAUGGGGGGGGGGGGUCUUCACUUGCCUGUGCUGGGAGCUGCUUGCCUGUCCCUAACCCCCCCCCCCCCGCCUCCCAGCGAGGAGAAACCCAUGGAGGGGGGGGGGUUGACUGAUUCAGGGGAGGGUCCCCAGGCCCCUACAGGGGCUCUGACCCCCCCUUCCCCCCCCCUCCCCACCCCCCCACUUUGGGGACAGCGUCUCCCUUCAGCUCCGUCCGCCCCCAGCCCACUCCCCGCCCCCCACCCCAGGCUCCGGGGCGGGGGGGGGCGUGUUUCUUUCUGCUUUCUUCGUGUUAUUUAUUGCACUUGCCAGGGUUGGGGGGCCUGGGGGGGGCGGGGGGGGCCGGGGCUGCGUCCCUGGUGGGUUUGGUUUUUUUUCUCUGGAAAAGAUAAAAAAAAAAAAACACAAAAAAGCAAGUUUCCGUCUUCUCCAGGCUGUGAAAAUGUGAUUCUCGUACAUAAAGUAUUAAUGUUUUCCAG